CGCAGAGGGUUGGCGGAAGUGAAGGAGGUGAGAGGACCAACAUGGCGACUCCCUAUGUGACCGAUGAGUCCGGAAAGUAUAUAGCAGCUACUCAGCGUCCAGAUGGCACAUGGAGGAAGCAAAGGAAAGUAAAGGAGGGAUAUGUGCCCCAAGAAGAAGUUCCUGUUUACGAGAACAAGUAUGUAAAGUUCUUCAAAAGUAAACCCUCCUUGCCACCUGGACUUUCCAAUAGUGAUAUCCCUGCCCAGCAGAGUUCCAAACCAGAAGGUGAUAGCACCCUGUCUAAAGUGGCUAAACGAAACCAGAAGCGCAAAGAGAAAAGGAAGCAGGAGAAACUCGAGCGAGACCCGGUUCAAGAGGCCCAGCAGGAACUGGGAAAGGUCAGCAUUUCAGAAGCACCAGUUCAGAAGGACACAGCAGCAAAUGGUGAGAACCAAUCAGCAGAGAAAGCCAAGAAAAUCAAGAAUCUUCGAAAGAAGCUUCGUCAGGUGGAGGAACUACAACAGAAAAUAGACUCUGGUGAAAUCAAACAACCAUCCAAAGAGCAGCUAGAAAAAAUAGGACGAAGGAAAGUGUUAGAGGAAGAGUUGGAGGACCUGGAGCUGGACUUGUAAGGUGAUUCAAGUCACCAUUAGUUGAGGAUUGCCUUCUUGUGCUAGAAAACCAGGAACAUAUUUUAGUUCUUUUCAGUUUCCAGUUUAUUAAUGUGUCCGGUGCAGUUUUGCUAUUAGAUCAUUGUUUGUGAUUAAUUUAGGAGAUCUUCUUUAAUGACUCCAUUAAUGCACACAUUGUGUUAAGACUCUUGAACUGGAGCUGAUAUCUAUUAUCAGGCAGAUUUUAGCACUCUUUUUGGUCUUUCAGAAAACACUUUGCAUCAUAUAUAGAGGAAUCAAUAUGAUGUGAUAUGUUGGAUAAUGGCCCAUUGUUACAUUUUUUCAGUCAGCCCAUGUCCAUUCCUCAUAACCAUACCAAAAUGUGCAGCAUCCCAUAUAUCUUGCUUAUAUAUGGAUAUUUUGAACAGGCCAUUCGAUGUGUGCAUGGUACAAAGAAAAGAAAUGAUGCUGAGUAUAUUAAAUUACUUUAAAUAAUUCCUUUGUAGGAAAUGGAAAAUAGACAGUUUGAUACAAAUGGAUCUUACCAAAAACAUAAAUAAUCUCAUAUAUGUAUUGGUUAUGUUUAGUGGAGCAAUGUAUUCUUAUGCUCAAAGACAUUAUGGAGUCUGAAGCAUCAGGGUAAUGUGUUGGCCAUAAAGUAGCUGCUUUGGAUUGGUGAUAGUUGUUUAGUAUGAGAUCACCUUUUUAAGUUCUCACACCAAAAGUGCUUAUAGGUUAACAUUUUCAGUGUCUAAUAAAAGUCUCUCUGCUAAAAUUGCUCAUGGGUGACCAAUUGGGACUAUAUUUUUCAAGAAAAAGCUCAUCUAUUCAAGGAAAGAACUACAUUUGGAGGAUUUCAAAGUGAAAUAAAUCACUGUGAAAUCACUUUUUUUUUUUUAGUACUCCUUCCCAUAAUUGGUCUAAUUUUACCUUAAUAACCCCAAUGUACCCAAACGAAGACUUAGUAUUUUGAAUAAGGGACUGUUUUAUCAUUGCAAGUUCUAUUGUAAAAAAAAAACAAAAAACCUAGCGUUCUCUGUAAUGUCAGUAUGGGAAACCAUGCUUGCACACAAAGAUAUGGUUUUGUUUAAAUCACAUAGAGAUAUCUGAUUAUUUUGUGGUAUUGUUUCAUAAUACCGAGUAGGAGAGAGCUUGAGAACAGUGAAUGUUUGUUGAUAUACAGAGAACAGCAGUGUCUGGCACCUGUUCAGUGAGGGACCCAUACAACAUCUUAACGAUCACUUCCCCUUUAAUGUGUCACCCAUAUGUGUACAUGUUUUUGUUAGGAUAUAAUAUACAAAAAAUUUUUGUAAAGCAAACAUAUUUACAUCACUUCAGCAAACGCCGUGGUUUGAAGAAUCAGUGUGACUGACUUUGCAAAUAUCUUAUGGCCACCACAAACUGUCAGUCAGAAAGAAAA